AUGGAAGCCUUCAAUCUGCGCUUCGACGACGCCCUUGUCGCAUCGACUGAGGCAUUUUUUGAGCGUCUCAUUACCGACACUGAAGCCGCUCAGACAGACCCCGAAAAAUACCUUAUACAUGCCCGAGAGCUGCAGAGUGUAAUUGACUACAGUGUACCCCAGGUUGAGAAGUUGGUUGCCUACCCUGAUCUCAUUUGUGCCACUGGGCCACCCUACAAGGAGCCUUUCUUCAAACAUCACCUGAAAGUCUUCGAGAACCCUGUUGAAACAGCCCCACAACCAGUUAGUUCCUCCGUGCCCGCCAAGCGUUCACCCCGAACUGCCAACAGUGUAAGUGCCAGUACUACGACCAAUGCGCCCAUUUCAAUGCCCAACAGUGUAAACCCACUGCUCUCGAAUCCUCCGGGCUCUGUGCCCUUCAGUUUGAUGGGCUUACAACAUGCUGAGAUAUUGGACGACGUCCGACGACUGCUGGACAGCGAUGACAUUAUUGACCGCGUUGUCUACGAUCUGGAUGACCUCAUUCUCCAGGCUCUGUCGGCCGCCAAUGCAGACAAAGGGCGGCUUGUACCACCAAGCCGUGAUUUUUCAAGUGGAGACUACGUAACCUUCAUGAACUCGGAUGAGCUUAUUGCCGGAACCUUCGAUUCCGAGAAGGACAGUCUGGAAUUUGAAUCGCGGUUUGAGUGUGGAAACCUUCGAAAGGCUAUCCAAGUUCGUCAGCACGAAUACGACCUCAUUCUGUCGCCAGAUGUAAACACCUACUCCCAUACGCAGUGGUUCUACUUCCGAGUUUCAAAUAUUGAAAACAAUGUUCGUUACCGCUUCAAUAUCACCAAUUUGGAGAAACCGGGCAGCCAGUACAAUGCCGGGGUGGUAGGCUCGCGCAACUACUACACCGCCACCUUCACGAUCGAGUUCAAGCACCGGGGCGAUGUCUGCUAUCUGGCCUAUCACUAUCCCUACUCACACAGCCGCCUCCUGACUGACCUCACUCGGUGGCAGAUCCGCGCGCGGGAAGCGGAAAAGAAACGCCAGUUGGUGCCUGGAAAAAAGGCCGACUGUGGUCUCUACCUCAAGGUGCAG